AUGGCCAUCGACCACCUCCCCCCCUCAGGCGACGUAACCGCCCCCUCAACUUCUACUCCCCCCCCUCCGACAAUUCCCCCCCCUUCAACCUUGCCGACCUCCCCCCCGACUCCCCAACUCCCCCCCGAAACUACGGCUCAACCCCCGUCCCAACCCUCAUCCACGACGCCCGCCCCAACCUCGCCUCCUUCACCUUAG